UUGAUCUGUCUUUUUCAGGCAGACCUAGGUACCACUAAGAAGGCUUUUACUUCUACCAAGCUUUCCAUAAAAUGGAUUCCCAAAAAGAACUCACUGAAGAGCUUCGACUUUAUCAAUCCACUCUUCUUCAAGAUGGCCUUAGGGAGCUUCUGGAAGAGAAAAAGUUUGUUGAUUGUUCCCUAAAAGCUGGGGAUAAAAGUCUUCCUUGCCACAGACUGAUUCUGUCAGCCUGUAGUCCUUAUUUCCGUGAGUACUUCUUAUCUGAGCAAAGUGAGGAGAAAAAGAAAGAGGUAGUUCUAGACAAUGUUGAUCCUGUCAUCCUAGAUAUGAUUGUGAAGUACCUUUAUUCUGCAAGCAUUGACCUCAAUGAUUCUAAUGUACAAGAUAUUUUUGCCUUGGCAAGCCGCUUUCAAAUUCCCUCGGUUUUCACUGUCUGCGUUUCGUACCUUCAGAAGAGGCUUGCUGUUGGUAACUGCCUGGCCAUCCUUAGAUUAGGUCUCCUCCUUGACUGCCCAAGACUUGCACUGUCUGCCCGCGAUUUUGUGUCAGACCACUUUGUGAAGAUUUGCAAAGAAGAGGACUUCAGGCAGCUUGCUCCUCAUGAACUCAUAUCAGUUAUUUCACCAGACAGCUUGAAUACUGAAAAGGAGGAAGUGGUUUUUGAGGCCGUAAUGAGUUGGGUACAAGCAGAUAAAGAAAAUCGAGUGAAGAGUCUUGGAGAAGUGUUUGACUGUAUCCGCUUUCGCUUGAUGGAUGAGAAAUAUUUCAAGGAGCAUGUUGAGAAGAACGAUAUACUCAAAAGCAACCCAGAUAUUUCAAAAAAGUUUAAGGUUAUUAAAGAUGCAUAUGCUGGGAAACUGCCUGAGCCUACCAAAAGUGCGGGAAAGUCAGCCAAAGGCGAGGUUAAUGGUGACGUAGGGGAUGAAAAUUUACUCCCUGGCUACCUAAAUGAUAUUCCGAGACAUGGAAUGUUUGUUAAAGACCUCAUUCUUCUCAUCAAUGAUACUGCUUCUGUGGCUUAUGAUCCUACAGAGAAUGAAUGCUAUCUGGCUGCACUGUCAGAACAGAUUCCCAGAAAUCAUUCCAGCGUAGUCACUAAACAAAAGCAGGUCUUUGUAGUGGGAGGACUGUAUGUGGACGAAGAGAACAAGGAACAGCCUUUCCAGUCAUACUUUUUUCAGCUGGAUGCCGUCUCUUCUGAAUGGAUUGGUCUUCCUCCAUUGCCAUCAGCCAGAUGCCUGUUUGGACUGGGUGAAGCAGACAACAAAAUCUAUGUAAUUGCAGGCAAGGACCUUCAAACCGAAGAGUCUCUGGAUUCAGUAUUAUGCUAUGAUCCCACGUCACUCAAAUGGAAUGAGGUCAAAAAACUCCCACUCAAAGUGUAUGGUCAUGCUACCGCUUCACACAAUGGAGCUAUAUAUUGUCUUGGAGGAAAAACUGAUGAUAAAAAAUGCACUAACAGAGUAUUUCUAUACAAUUCCAAGAGGGGAGACUGGCGUGAUCUUCCCCCUAUGAAAGUGGCUCGUUCUAUGUUUGGUAUUGCUAUCCAUAAAGGCAAAAUUAUGAUUGCAGGGGGUGUUACUGAAGAUGGCCUCUCAGCUUCUGUUGAAGCAUUUGAUCUCACCACUAACAAAUGGGAAGUUAUGCCAGAGUUUCCACAGGAGAGAAGCUCUAUCAGUUUAGUUGAACUGUCUGGCUCCUUGUAUGCGAUUGGUGGCUUUGCUAUGAUUCAGCUUGAAACAAAGGAAUUUGCACCUAAUGAGGUUAAUGACAUCUGGAAAUAUGAUGAUGAGAAGAAAGAGUGGUGUGGUAUGCUAAAAGAAAUUCGCUAUGCUUCUGGAGCCUCUUGUCUUUCUGUUGGCCUGAAUCUGUUCAAGCUGUCAAAGCUGUGAAGUGAAAAGCUGACUGACUAAAGAUGAGGAUUUUUUUAAAUAGCCCCUCUGGUUUUGUUGUGUAAGCUUAUCCUGUACAGAGAGAGAUCAAAGCCUAUCUUUAUUCAUUAAACGUUUAUGUAUCUGUCUUAAAUGCGGUAGGUGUAAAAUGCCUCCCUCCCUAGUUUUUACUAACAGUUUGAAGUAAAUUCUGUUGUAACACUGAAUAAAAUUAAUUUUGACUACA